AUGUCAGGUUCUGAGAAAAGUGCCUCGCCCAAAGAUGAGGAGGUCAAUAGUGACUCCCUGACUGCGCCGAUCCAUCAAGUCAAAUGGUAUCGGUCGACAUUCUACAAUGCUCUCAUUCUUGGGAUUUGCAACUUCCUCGCUCCGGGCAUCUGGGGCGCAAUGAAUUCGCUCGGUGGAGGCGGCGAGGAGAAGCCCUAUCUCGUUAAUGCAGCAAAUGCGUUAACAUUUGCCCUAAUGGUGGUAUCCUGCUUCUUCGGAAGUGUGAUUGUCCGGUUCAUUGGGAUCAAGUGGACCUUCAUCGUCGGAACGAUGGGCUAUGCGCCAUAUGCCGCAGGCCUGUACACAAACAAUCGAUUCGGAGACGAAUGGCUGGUACUCCUUGGCGCCGCUCUCUGUGGUAGUUCAGCAGGCAUUUUCUGGAUGGCGGAAGCCGCGAUCGCACUGGCUUAUCCUGAGCCGUACAACCAAGGACGCUUCCUAGGAUUCUGGCUCAGCUUCCGUGUCGGAGGGCAAAUUCUAGGCGGCGCUAUCAGUCUGGGUAUCAAUGCUCAUCGCGCAACGGAAGGCAGUGUCUCUUACACUGUCUAUCUCAUCUUCAUCACACUCCAGGCACUUGGCCCCUUUGCUGGUUUGCUCCUGAACAAGCCGUCUCAAGUUCAGCGAAAAGACGGAGUGCCAGUUCAGCUUCAAGUAACCAACAGCAUUGGCUAUGAACUUCGAACAAUGGUAAAACUUUUCGUCAGCAAGAAGUUCCUCUGCAUCGUCCCAUUCAUCUGCCAAGCGGUUUACACCGAGGCGGUGAUGUUUUCAUAUGAAGGUCUCUGGUUCUCUGUACGAUCAAGAGCUCUCGGCUCGUUCUUGUCCGGCAUCAUUGCAUUGAUCAUGGGCAAUCUUCUUGGCGCAUUCCUCGACAACAAGUCCAUCUCGCUGAAGAAGCGAAGCCGAUAUGCCUUUUUCUUUGUUGUGGGUUGGCAAGGCUUGUGUUGGAUUUGGGCCACGGUGGUGACCACCGAGUUCCACAAAACAAAUCCAGUGUAUGACUGGACUGAUCCGGGCUUUGGAAGAGCCUUCGCACUCUUUUUGUUCUGGGUCGCCGGAUUCCAGCUCAAUUACAUGUACCUAUACUUUGUGGUAGGCAACCUUGCUGAUGACCAGGAGGAAGUCAUUCGAAUUGCUGGGUUGUUGCGUGGGACUGAGUCAGCCGCUCAGUGUGUCAGUUACGGUCUGAGCAGUAUCUCCAUCAUGGCUGCAGUUGGAAGCGUCUACCUCAACUUCGCGAUGUGGGCCGUUGCCAUCCCCUCUGCCUGGUUCAUUGUUAGUCAGAUUGGGCUCUUUGGUGAUAAGAAGUUGGAACGAGAAACCCGGGCAUUGCGCGAUUCCUCCGGUAAUGAAUGA